UUUUUUUUCCUCUGCAAUAACUUCCCAAGCGGGAAUGCAUGGCCUUGAUCAUCUAGGAAGUCUUUUGUAACAUUAGCGAUUGUAUGACCUUACGAUUCAUUGCUGUCUUCUACUGAGUUACUCUAUGUAGGAGCACUAGAUGUAGAGAAAAGUCUGUUCUGUGUAAGGAUGUAACGAAAAAUUCCGAAGUGAUGUCCAGAGAAUGUGGAGAAAUCAAGCUGAUUCAGAGCAACCACAGAUAUACAGUUGGAAAGUACGAAGGUCCAAAAUAUUAGGCCCGUCCCUAUACUGUGGUAUUCGGGGACAGGACAUUUCGACUGUUCAUAAGAAUUUCCCAGACUGUUUUGAUCUGUUCAGUGGCUUUUUGGAGGAAAAUGUUCUUUAAGAACAAAGACUGGUACAAAAAGCUGUGCCGUUGCAGGGAGGAGAUUGUGCUUCGAGGUCUAAAUAAAUAAUUAGCAACAUUCUGAAGGUCAUAUUCGAAGGACAUUAUAUCACCAUUAGAAAAUAUUUUCCGGUGCGGUAGAAAUAUCACAAUCCCGGGAUGCAUGUUAUUUGUGUCUAGUCGUGAUCAGCUAGUUGAUCGAAGAAGAGAUAGGGUGGAGAAAAGCCGAGGCUGGAGGUCCCCGGUGCACGGGACCUGAUGUCUCUGCGACGAAUGUCCCGCAGAGAUGGGGGCGAAAACACAGGGCGGGCACUGCUCGUUGGCGCUCGGUGCGUGCAGUGCCGGGAGGAGGCUGCGGGUGCCGCUGUUGACCGAGAGGAGCGAGAGGAAGGUGGGAGCGCUGCAGCCCCGCCCGCUGCGGCCCGGCUCGAUCGCUGGAUCGCUGGAUUCCUGGAUCGGGAAGCGGUCUGUUUCCGAUCGUCCCGGCGGUGCGGAUCCGAGAUACAGCGAGGCGGAGUGGCGGGCGGCACCACCCGGGAGCAGCAAGUCGGAGCCGGAGCGGGAGCCGGAUCAGGGAUCGGCGGCGGGGAUCUGCCGGCGGUGUUGCGGUGCCGGCGGUGCGGCGGCGGAGAUGUGCGCGGCGGGGAGGCGCUGGGGCCGGCGGCAGCGAGUGCUGCUCUGGGGCGUCCUGCUGGCGGCCUGGGAGGCGGCGUGGGGGCAGCUGCGCUACUCGGUGCCCGAGGAGAUGCCCAAGGGCUCGUUCGUGGGCGACGUGGCCAACGACCUGGGGCUGCAGCUGCCGGCGCUCCUGGAUAGCGGCGUCCGCAUCAUAGACAGAGGUAGGACGCAGUAUUUUGCUCUGCACGGGAAGACGGGACAUUUAGUGACGGCCCAGAGGAUCGACAGGGAAAAGGUAUGCGAGAGUGUGGAGCAAUGCGUGCUGCGCUGUGAGCUGAUAGUGGAGGGAGAAAUGAAGGUUUAUGAAAUCGAAGUAGAAAUCAUGGACAUUAAUGACAACGCCCCGAGCUUCAAAGAAAUCGAACUAGAGGAGAGCAUAAGCGAAAUGACAGUCCUAGGAUCGCGGUUUCCCCUCCCAGACGCUCAGGAUCCGGACUCGGGACGGAAUUCCCUGCAGAGCUACGAGCUGAGCGGCGACGAGCACUUCUCGCUGGCCGUGCAGACGGGCCCCGGCGGGGAUCAGCGUCCCGAGCUGGUGCUGGCGAAGGCGCUGGACCGGGAGGAGGCGGCGUUUCACGAGCUGGUGCUGAGGGCGAGCGACGGCGGCGAGCCGUCCCGGACGGGCACGGCGCGGAUCCGCGUGACGGUGCUGGACGCGAACGACAACGCGCCCGUGUUCAGCCAGGCGGAGUACACGGUGCGUGUGCCGGAGGACGUGCCCGUGGGCUCCACCCUCGUCACCGUCACGGCCACCGACGCUGACGAGGGUCUGAACGGACACGUGAAAUACAGUUUCCACAGAAUUUCAGAUCGGACGUCGAAAGUUUUUCACCUGGAAUCAAAGACAGGAGAAAUAACUCUUAAGAAUUAUUUGGAUUUCGAGGAAAUGUCCUCACAUGAACUGGAGGUUCAGGCACGGGACGGGGGAGGGCUUUUCCACACGGCAAGAGUAACGAUCACGGUGACAGAUGUCAACGAUAAUGUGCCCGAACUGACAAUAUCGUCGGCGCUGACUGAGAUUUCUGAGGACGCCCAUUCGGGGACUGUGGUGGCCCUGCUGCACGUGCAGGACCAGGACUCGGGAGCCAACGGCGAGGUGCGCUGCUCUCUCGACACGGGAGUCCCGUUCCGGCUGGAGAGCUCGCAGGGCAGCUACUACCGCGUGGUGACGGCGAGAGAGCUGGACCGGGAGCAGGAGUGGGAGUACAACGUGACGGUGCGGGCGGCCGACGGCGGCCGUCCGUCGCUGCAGAGCAGCAGGGUGCUGUGUCUGCGGGUGCUGGACGUGAACGACAACGCGCCGGUGUUCUUGCAGGAGCGCUACAGCGCUCGGCUGCGGGAGAACAACGUGGCGGGCGCGCUGGUGCUGCGGGUGCGGGCGACGGACUCGGACUGGGGGGAGAACGCGCGCGUGCGGUACCGGCUGGGGGAGGGCGGUGUGCGGGGCUCGGCGCUGUCGUCGUACGUGUCGGUGCAGGCGGAGACGGGCGCGCUGUACGCGCUGCGCUCGUUCGAUUACGAGCAGGUGCGCGAGGUGGGGCUGUGGGUUUGGGCGGAGGACGGCGGCUCGCCGGCGCUGAGCAGCAACGUGUCGGUGCGGCUGGUGAUCGUGGACGAGAACGACAACGCGCCGCAGGUGCUGUACCCGCCGGCGGCGGCGGCGGCGGCGUCGGGCUCGGGCUGGGCGGGCGUGGAGCUGGCGGCGCGGUCGAGCGAGGCCGGCGCGCUGGUGGCCAAGGUGGUGGCGGUGGACGCGGACGCGGGUCAGAACGCGUGGCUGUCGUACGAGCUGGCCAAGGCGACGGAGCCGGGGCUGUUCCGCGUGGGGCUGCACAGCGGCGAGGUGCGCACGGCGCGCUCGCCACUGGCCCGCGACGCGGCGCGCCAGAGCCUGGUGGUGCUGGUCAAGGACCACGGGCGGCCGGCGCUGUCGGCCACGGCCACGCUGAGCGUGGUGCUGGCCGACAGCGUGGCCGAGCUGCUGGCCGAGCUGGGCAGCGCGGCGCGGGCCGAGGCGGAGGCGGGGGCGGCCGAGGCGGGCGGCAGCCUGACGCGCUGGCUGGUGCUGGCCGUGGCCGCCGUGUCGUGCCUCUUCGUCGCCUUCCUGCUGCUGCUGCUGGCGCUGCGCCUGCGGCGCUGGCGGCGCUCGCAGCAGCAGCUGCUGGCGGCGGCCAGCGGCGCCUUGCGCGGCGUGCCGGCCACGCACUUCGUGGGCAUCGACGGCGUGCGCGCCUUCCUGCACUCCUACUCGCACGACGUGUCUCUCACGGACGACUCGCGCAAGAGCCACCUCCGCUUCUCGACCGACAGCUGCUGCCACACCCUGCCGGCCCGGCCGCCGCCCGACGAGCCCGCGCCGCUGCUCGGAGACCAGGAACCUGCCGGUGCCCAGCAGGCGGACCCCGCCCCUCUCCCGGUGAGUUCUUCUGACCAAACUGUAUCUGCGAAGCUUCCUCUUGUGGUCUGCUGCUCUUUCCCCGCCGUACUUUGUUCUCUGUGUACGGAAGUUUCAAAGACUUCCUUCAGCCACCUCGGGCACAAUUCUGUGUGUGAGGAAUAUGAAGAAAAAGCAAAAAGGGAAUCUGUUGUAAUUUCUCUGAAGGUUGAGCUUGAGAAAGUUGCUCAUGAUGAAGUGCUUGAUGUUUGUUGGAGCCCCAGCAGGGCCCAAAGUUGGUCCCCGCUGGUGGCGGGCGUGAGGCGGCUGCAGUGUUGUGUCGGCGCCUCCGGGUGCCGCUGUUGGCCGCCGGCGAGCGUUGCUGGAGCCGCGGCGGCGGCCGGCGGUGCGUCCUGUCCCCGGCGGCUGCUGGCUCGUCCGGGCAGUGCGGGCCAGAGCGGCAGCGGCCCGGGCAGCAGAGGCGAGAGGCGGCGCGGCGCGGGCAGCAGAGGCGUCCGAGUUGGAGGCGGCGGCGGGCUGGGUGCGCUUUGUCGGGCGCUUUGUCGGGCGCGCGGAGCGGCUGCGAGGGAGGCAGGGGAGCGGCAGGAGCCUGGCGAGCUUGGCGAGCGAGCGCCGUGGGCAAUGUCGGGCGGGCGGAGGGCGAGCGGCGGGCCGGGCGGCGGGCGAGCGCUGGUGCUGGGCGCUGUGCUGCUGGGCCUGUGCUGGCGGGCGGCGGCGGAGCGGCUCCGCUACUCCAUGGCCGAGGAGCUGCCCAGAGGCUCGCUGGUGGGGCCGCUGGCCCGGGACCUGGGGCUCAGCGCCCACGAGCUGCCGGCGCGCAAGCUGCGGCUCAGCGCGGACAAGCAAUACUUCACGGUGAGCGAGGGGAACGGGAACCUGUACGUGAGCGAGAGGCUGGACCGGGAGGAGCUGUGCGGCGAGUCGUUGUCCUGCUCGGUCAGCUUCGAGGCGCUGGUGCACAACCCGCUCAACGUUUUCCACGUCGAGGUGUCCAUUGAGGACGUGAAUGACAACUCCCCGACCUUCAACAAGGCAGCACUGGAACUAGAGAUCGAUGAAUCGAUUCGUCCUGGCACUCGUUUUCCACUGGAGAUGGCCCAAGAUGCAGACGUGGGCAGCAACUCGCUGCUGACUUACGAGCUCAGCAGCAACCCGUCCUUCUCUCUGGCCACGAAGGACAGUCAGGGCGGAAGCAAGCCUGAAUUAGUGCUGGAGAGAGCGUUGGACCGGGAGAAGCAGAGCUCUUUUGAGCUGCUACUGACGGCAGUGGAUGGCGGGGACCCCGUGAGGUCCGGGACUGUCCAGGUUCGGGUCAACGUGACGGACGCCAAUGACAACCCGCCCGUCUUUGCGCAGGACCGGUACCGGACGAGCCUUCGGGAGGACACGCCGCCGGGUUCGGAGGUAUUGAAAGUGUCAGCCUCAGAUGCCGACGCCGGCACCAACGCCCACAUCACCUACAGAUUCAGGGAAAUGCUGGAUAAGGUGCUUCGGACAUUCGUGGUCGAUGCAGACACUGGGUCGAUCACGCUGCGGGAGGCUCUGGAUUUCGAGGACAUGCGGACUUACAGCCUGGAUGUGGAGGCAAAGGACGGUGGUGGUCUGGUGGCGCACUGCAAGGUGGAGGUGGAGGUGCUGGACGUGAAUGACAACGCGCCCGACAUCGAGAUCCUGUCGCUGUCGAGCCCCGUGCCCGAGGACGCGCCGGUCGGCACCGUGGUGGCCCUGCUGAAAGUGCGGGACCGGGACUCCGGCGAGAACGGUGAGGUGUCGUGCGAGCUGUCGGGAGAGGCGCCGCUGUCGCUCGUGGCGUCGUCGGGCGGCUCUUCCAAGGUGGUGACGGCGAGCGCGCUGGACCGCGAGCAGGCGUGCGAGCACCGCGUGACGGUGGUGGCCCGGGACCGGGGCAGCCCGUCGCUGUGGAGCAGCAGGGAGCUGGUGCUGGAGGUGUCGGACGUGAACGACAACGCGCCGGUGUUCGAGGAGGCGUCGUACAGCGCGUACGUGCGGGAGAACAACUUGGUGGGCGCGCUGGUGUUGCGCGUUGUCGCUCGGGACUCGGACGCGGGCGCGAACGGGCGCGUGAGCUACUGGCUGUCGGGCGGCAGCGCGGGCGCGGCGGGCGCGGCGCCGCUGGUGUCGGUGGAGGCGCGGAGCGGCGCGGUGUACGCGCAGCGCUCGUUGGACUACGAGCAGUGCCGCGAGUUCGCGGUGGCCGUGCGGGCGCAGGACGGCGGGUCGCCGGCGCGCAGCUCGACGGCCACGGUGCGCGUCUUCGUGCUCGACCAGAACGACAACGCGCCGCGGGUGCUCUACCCGCCCCCGGCAGCGGGAGCGGCGUCGCCGGGCUCGGCGGGUUCGGCCUUCGAGGUGGUGCCGCGUUCGGCGUCGGCCGGCUACCUGGUGGGCAAGGUGGUGGCGGUGGACGCGGACGCGGGGCGCAACGCGUGGCUGUCGUACGAGCUGGUGCAGGCGUCGGAGCCGGCGCUGUUCCGCGUGGGGCUGCAGAGCGGCGAGGUGCGCACGGCGCGGGCCGUGUCGGAGAGGGACGCGGCCAAGCAGCGCCUGGUGGCCGUGGUGAAGGACCACGGCGAGCCGGCGCUGUCGGCCACGGCCACGCUGCACGUGGUGCUGGCCGAGAGCUUGCAGGAGGCGCUGCCGGAGCUGAGCGAGCGGGCGGCGGGCGCCGAGGCGGCGGGCGAGCUGCAGUUCUGGCUGGUGCUGGCGCUGGCGCUGCUGUCGGCGCUCUUGGUGCUGAGCGUGGCGCUGUUGGUGCUGGCGCGGCUGCGGCGGGCCGGGCCGCCCGCCGUGCUGCGCUGCCUGGGCGCGCAGCGCUUGUCGCUGGCCGGCGCCGCCUUCCCGGCCGACUUCUGCGAGGGCACCUUGCCCUACUCCUACAACCUGUGCGUGGCGGCUCCGCCCCGCGCCGCCGCCGAGGCCGCUUGGCCGCCGCCGCCGCUGCCCAUCGUGCCCGCGGAGGAGCUUGUGGCCGGGGAGCCCUGCGAGAAGCCGAGUCCGAGCAGCAGCGCCGUCCCGGGAGAGCCGCCCGCCGAACCCGACGCACUCCAGGUCUCCGCUGUACUGGACCCGACAUUUCCGCGGCGAAUGUCCCGUCUUUUUGAGCUUCCCGUGCUCAAGGCAGGGCGGGCAUGUCUCGUUGGCGCUCGGUGCGUGCAGUGCCGGGAGGAGGCUGCGGGCGCCGCUGUUGACCGAGAGGAGCGAGAGGAAGGUGGAGCGCUGCAGCCCCGCCCGCUGCGGCCCGGCUCGAUCGCUGGAUCGCUGGAUUCCUGGAUCGGGAAGCGGUCUGUUUCCGAUCGUCCCGGCGGUGAGGAGCCCAGAUACAGCGAGGCAGAGGGGUCGGCGACACUGUCCGGGAGCGGCAAGUCGUAGCCGGAGCGGGAGCCAGAUUGGGGAUCGGCGGCGGGGAUCUACCGGCGGUGUUGCGGUGCCGGCGGUGCGGCGGCGGAGAUGUGCGCGGCGGGGAGGCGCUGGGGCCGGCGGCAGCGAGUGCUGCUCUGGGGCGUCCUGCUGGCGGCCUGGGAGGCGGCGUGGGGGCAGCUGCGCUACUCGGUGCCCGAGGAGAUGCCCAAGGGCUCGUUCGUGGGCGACGUGGCCAAGGACCUGGGGCUGCAGAUGCCGGAGCUCCGAGACCACGGCAUCCACCUCUUGGACAAAGGUAGGACACAGUAUUUUGCUCUGCACGUGAAGACGGGACACUUAGUGACGGCCGAGAGGAUCGACAGAGAGCAGCUGUGCCGGCUGGUGGAGCAAUGCGUGCUGCGCUGUGAGCUGAUAGUGGAGGGGGAAAUGAAAGUUUACCCAAUUGAAGUGGAAAUCACGGACAUUAACGACAACGCCCCGAGCUUCAAGGAUAUUGAGUUGGAACAGAGAAUAAGCGAAACGACAGCCCCAGGGUCGCGGUUUCCACUUCCCAGGGCUCACGACCCAGACUCUGGACGGAAUUCCCUGCGGAACUACGAGCUGAGCGGUGACGAGCACUUCUCGCUGGCCGUGCAGACGGGCCCCGGCGGGGAUCAGCGUCCCGAGCUGGUGCUGGCGAAGGCGCUGGACCGGGAGGAGGCGGCGUUUCACGAGCUGGUGCUGAGGGCGAGCGACGGCGGCGAGCCGUCCCGGACGGGCACGGCGCGGAUCCGCGUGACGGUGCUGGACGCGAACGACAACGCGCCCGUGUUCAGCCAGGCGGAGUACACGGUGCGUGUGCCGGAGGACGUGCCCGUGGGCUCUGUCCUUGUCACCGUCACGGCCACCGAUGCCGACGAGGGUCUGAACGGGCACGUGAAAUAUAGUUUCAACAAAAUUUCAGACCGAGAGUCAGAACUUUUUCACCUGGACUCUGAGUCGGGAAAAAUAACCAUUAAAGGCUAUUUGGACUUCGAGGAAAUAUCCUUACAUGAACUGGAGGUUCAGGUACGGGAUGGCGGUGACCUUUCCGACACAACAAAAGUCGAGAUCACCGUGACAGAUAUGAAUGACAACGCGCCCGAACUGACAGUAUCCUCAGCGGUGCGCGAGAUCUCGGAGGACGCUCCAUCGGGGACGGUGGUGGCCCUGCUGCACGUGCACGACCGAGACUCGGGGGCCAACGGCGAGGUGCGCUGCUCCAUCGACGGGGGCGUCCCGUUUCGGCUGGAGAAGUCCUUGGAAGACUACUACCGCGUGGUGACAGCGAGAGAGCUGGACCGGGAGCAGGAGUGGGAGUACAACGUGACGGUGCGGGCGGCCGACGGCGGUCGUCCGUCGCUGCAGAGCAGCAGGGUGCUGUGUCUGCGGGUGCUGGACGUGAACGACAACGCGCCGGUGUUCUUGCAGGAGCGCUACAGCGCUCGGCUGCGGGAGAACAACGUGGCGGGCGCGCUGGUGCUGCGGGUGCGGGCGACGGACUCGGACUGGGGGGAGAACGCGCGCGUGCGGUACCGGCUGGGGGAGGGCGGUGUGCGGGGCUCGGCGCUGUCGUCGUACGUGUCGGUGCAGGCGGAGACGGGCGCGCUGUACGCGCUGCGCUCGUUCGAUUACGAGCAGGUGCGCGAGGUGGGGCUGUGGGUUUGGGCGGAGGACGGCGGCUCGCCGGCGCUGAGCAGCAACGUGUCGGUGCGGCUGGUGAUCGUGGACGAGAACGACAACGCGCCGCAGGUGCUGUACCCGCCGGCGGCGGCGGCGGCGGCGUCGGGCUCGGGCUGGGCGGGCGUGGAGCUGGCGGCGCGGUCGAGCGAGGCCGGCGCGCUGGUGGCCAAGGUGGUGGCGGUGGACGCGGACGCGGGUCAGAACGCGUGGCUGUCGUACGAGCUGGCCAAGGCGACGGAGCCGGGGCUGUUCCGCGUGGGGCUGCACAGCGGCGAGGUGCGCACGGCGCGCUCGCCACUGGCCCGCGACGCGGCGCGCCAGAGCCUGGUGGUGCUGGUCAAGGACCACGGGCGGCCGGCGCUGUCGGCCACGGCCACGCUGAGCGUGGUGCUGGCCGACAGCGUGGCCGAGCUGCUGGCCGAGCUGGGCAGCGCGGCGCGGGCCGAGGCGGAGGCGGGGGCGGCCGAGGCGGGCGGCAGCCUGACGCGCUGGCUGGUGCUGGCCGUGGCCGCCGUGUCGUGCCUCUUCGUCGCCUUCCUGCUGCUGCUGCUGGCGCUGCGCCUGCGGCGCUGGCGGCGCUCGCAGCAGCAGCUGCUGGCGGCGGCCAGCGGCGCCUUGCGCGGCGUGCCGGCCACGCACUUCGUGGGCAUCGACGGCGUGCGCGCCUUCCUGCACUCCUACUCGCACGACGUGUCUCUCACGGACGACUCGCGCAAGAGCCACCUCCGCUUCUCGACCGACAGCUGCUGCCACACCCUGCCGGCCCGGCCGCCGCCCGACGAGCCCGCGCCGCUGCUCGGAGACCAGGAACCUGCCGGUGCCCAGCAGGCGGACCCCGCCCCUCUCCCGCAAGCUCAGCCCAACACAGACUGGCGCUUCUCUCAGACCCAGAGACCUGGAACAAGUGGCUCCCAGAAUGGAGAGGAAGCUGGAGCCUGGCCCAACAACCAGUUUGACACGGAGAUGCUCCAAGCCAUGAUCCUGGCUUCAGCAAACGAAGCUGCUGAUGGCAACUCGACCCUGGGCGGCGGGAACGGCACGAUGGGGCUGAGCGCCCGCUACGGCCCCCAGUUCACCCUGCAGCACGUCCCCGACUACCGGCAGAACGUUUACAUCCCGGGCAGCAACGCCACCCUCACCAACGCCGCCGGCAAGCGCGACGCCAAGAACGCCGCUCCCGCCGCGGGCAACAAGAAGAAAUCCGGGAAGAAGGAGAAGAAGUAGAGAAGAAGAAGAAGAAGGAGACCUUAGAGCUACAGGGCAGCCGGCUCCAGCACUCCCCCCCCCCAAAAAAAAACCCCACAGCCCAGGCCGGAGGACGAAUGUGAAUUUUUUAUUUUUAUUUUUAUUUUUUUUUUUGUGAUGCAAAAGUAGGAAAUGCUGCGAAUGUAUCUCGUCAUCAUCAGGUCUGGGAGCAGGGACUCGCUGCUCUCAGACCUCGUGAUGGAAACCAAUCUGGAAGCUCAACCGAACACAAACAAGUGCCCUGUGAAUAAUGUUUUCUACGAUCCCUCGGGUAUUAGAAUAUGCAAGGGCGGAAGGUCUUUUGCCACGUCUUUGGAUCCGAUUUGCUCCCAGGUAGUCCGAGGCUUUGUGCUCGGCUUUGCCCAAUGUAAAUAAUUUUAAUGUGGAUCUUUUAAUUUAUAUAGCCCUUCAAAUUUUUUUUUUUUUUUGUGGAAUGGAAAAGGAAGUUCUUAGCUUAGAGCCCACGCUCCAGUUCUUCGCUCUUAAAUUUUCCAUUCAUAAAAUUCACCCCCCUCCCGCCCCGGAUAAUGAUAGUGAUGGAUUUUGGAAUUUGGAAGUUGGUAGGGAGUGCUUCAGUUCCUGCUUACCUGUCACCCAGAAAAAAAAAAAAAAAAAAAAAAGUGUUUAUAUUGCAUGAAUCAAGGGAAUAUGGCAAAGCUGCAUCCUAAACAUUUUUUUGUUUGUUUGGUUUUUUUUUAAAGUGUAACCACUAAUGGCCUGAAAUACGAGAAAGUAAAAAGCCCUCCGGAUGUCCGAGAGGCAGGGAAUUCGAUAAGGAGCGUUGCCGAGGUGUGCGGCAGCUGCCCCGGCGGUUCUAGGGGUCUCCGAAGAGCAGACACAUCUCAAACCUUCUUUGCAGUAAAUAUUUAUAUGUACAGUCGAUGUUUCUUAUGGAAUUAAGGCUAAGAGAGCCUCGCUCCCCUGCGGCCGGGCGGGUGCCCGGCCGGGUCCCCCCCCCCGAGGGGACACACCCGGGGACGACGCUUCCCGUCUCUGCACAGUGUCUGCAUGCCCGUCCCUCACCUCACACCUGCACUAGCGCAGUAGCUCCACACGGACCCGGAGAAGUCCUCGCAUGCCCACGCAGCGUGGUGUGAACGCGCCGGCAGCCGCCCGAGCCCCCGCGCCGGGGCUGCCUCGGGGGGAAGGGGUGGGAGGGGGUGGGGUGGGUCAGGCGGGGUGGGGAAACUCCUUGCUUCUUAUUUGGGCCCCCAAAGGUAAUUUGGGGUGAUAAGGCAGUUUUUUAUAAGGCGGUCGUUUAGUGGGGGUCUCGCCCGAAGGGGUGGGAUCCGCAGAGCUGCCCGUGCAUGGCUUUGGUGCAGAGUUGGUGACUGAGUAAGUGAUGGUUGUUUUGGUGGCGUUUGGGGACCAGAUUCAGAGAAGGGACCCAAAAGCAGGGGGUGAUGCUGCAAAACCGGGGGCAAUAACUGAGGGAGUGUCGAAUGGGACCGUGUAGGGCCAGCCUGGAAGAAGUGAUGCUCCCGCUGGCUUUGGGCUUUCCACCCCACGGAGAGGAUCAAAGGAUGAGGAACAGAGUUUCUCCACAUGCCCAUCAUCCUUGCACCAGGCCAGCUUCCCAUAGCAAAGCAGCUCUGAGCCCUCCAGGGAGGCAGAGGGGGGCUUUGUGUAGCCAGAGUGAGGAGAGGGGCUGUGGGGUGGCCAGGAAGGGGCCGCACCGAGUUUCCCAGGGGGUGUGUGUUGUUUUUUUCCUUUUUUAAUCACUAACACGUAACUCACCCGAGCAGAUCCAGCCCUCUAAGCCAGGCUCACCCUACCCCAGCCCCCUCCCCAAACCCAGGGCAGCAGGAGCAUCCUCCGUGUCUCAUCCGGAUCCAGCCACCUCCAGCUCUGGCUGCACUGGGAGCUGUUCCCACCCUGUCCCCUGCAGCUGCCACCUGCCCCCCUUCCCUCUAGAAAUGCUGUAGCUGAAUCGUAGUCUUUAUAUUUUCUUUUUAAUCUGCAAUCUGAGGUAGCGUAGUGAGUGUUGUGUAUUUAGUGGCGUGUUAUUUUUAACUGCAGUAACUAACUUGUGGACAUCAGUAUUUUCAAUUUUCUCUGUAUCUUCUUUCCAUGUGGUCUGUGCUCCGAGUGUACGUGAAAUGAAAACACGUUUGCCCUUUCAAUGUGUCUAAUAUUGAAUUAUACUUAUAUAUUAUAUAUAUGCUUAUAUCCUUCUUAUACCCAUAUAGACCAAUGUCGAUGUGUUACACGCAAGUUUUAUACUCUAAUAUUUAUAUUGCUUUUUUUUCUUUGGGAAAAAAAAAUAAUAAAAUGGUUUCUUCUGAA